AUGGUCAUCUACGUACAAUGGCUAAAUGAGCACACUGAUGCUACUUACGAGGACGAUACAAUCUCUUGCGUUGUGGAAAAUGGGCAUUUUGAAAAGGUUAAAUGGUUAUAUGAGCAUUUCGAGAGUGCUCGCUCGGAGGAGGCGCUAAUUAGUGCGGCGCAAUACGGGCAUCUACAUAUCCUACAAUGGAUCCACGAACACACAGAUUGUUCAAGAUCAUGCCCCUCCGAUCCAAUUGAUGUAGCCGCCUUUGGUGGUCAUUUGGACAUUGUCAAGUGGGUGUUGGAGCACUGUAGAAAACACUGUUCGGCAUUUGCUGCGCGUAAUGCGGCCGAAAAUGGGCAUUUACCCAUUGUGCAGUGGCUGGAUGACCAUUUUCCCUCCCAAUUUGAUACGGGCGCAAUGGAUAAAGCGGCCGAAGCUGGCCACCUCAAAGUCGUACAGUGGUUGCACAUGUACCGCUCGGAGGGCUGCACAACAAAGGCGAUGGAUGCAGCGGCGGGGAAACACACCAACCGAACCGAAGGUUGUACCAAAAGCGCAAUGGAGCAGGCGGCAAGUAAAGGCCACCUAGAUGUUGUGCGCUGGCUGCACGAUAACAGACCCGAAGGGUGCGGUGAUUCAGCCAUGUACGGGGCAGUUUCCAAUGGUCACUUGGAGGUGGUAAAGUGG